CACCUUUCAAGUAACAUAACAGUGAAUUAAAAGCAGCAGAAGACAAAAGACCAAACUUGUUCUGUAUGUUCACCAAGUUCAAUUUCUCCUAUGGCUACCAAGUGCAUGCAUGUUUUUGAUAGAUUUUUGUGUUUUGUCACUUCUUGGAAGAAAAGUAACACACCAACUAGUAGAAGAAAUUUCCAAAGAGAUGUGGAGAAAGAAGAAUUCCAAUAUACUAGUACUCAAUGUCUCUCAUCUUAUUACAGUGUCUUUGUGGUUCGCUUAGCAAUCAUGGUUAUGCUAGCUAUCUUGAUUGGUCUACUCACUUUCCUAACAUGGCAUUUCACAAAGAUUUAUACAACAAAGUCUCUAAAUAGUUUGGCUUAUGACCUGCGUUACGAACUUCUACAACGUCCGAUUUUGAGGAUGUGGAACAUUUUGAACUCUACUGCUGAAAUCACAAGUGCUCAAGUUAAGCUUUCUGAGUAUGUUAUCAGAAGCCACAGUAAUCUAGCCAAUCAAGCUGAACACGUUGAGAAGAUGUAUGAAGCCAUGAGGGCUGUAACAUGGGCACUUUUUGCUAGCCGAAAAGCUCUCGACUCAAUAACUGUCAAAUAUAGCAACGGUUUUGUCCAGGCAUUUCAUAGAGACUUGAAGGAUAAUAACACAUUUUACAUUUACACUGAUCUUGCAUAUAAUGAAACCAAUUCAUUAACAGCACAUAAAGUUUUGAAUGAUAAAGACAUUCAUGGAAACAAGUCUACGAUUUGGUACCGAGAACAGCUUGAUCCUGUCAGUGGCGAGAAGAUAGGAAACGCAAUGCAAAUUGCACCAGAAGACUCAAUAAGUAUAGCUGGCCUAUCCCAAGUACCUGACGGCGUAGCUUCGUGGCAUGUUGCUGUGAGCAAGUUUACAGAUUCGCCGUUACUUUCUGCAGCAUUGCCAGUAUGGGAUUCUUCUAAUAAGACCAUUGUUGCAGUUGUUGGAGUUACAACUGCACUUUAUAGUGUAGGACAGUUAAUGAUGGAACUAGUUGAUAAACACAGUGGUCAUAUGUAUUUGACCUCUCAAAAAGGCUAUUUGCUUGCAACUUCCACAAAUGACCCACUACUGACAAAUUCAACAAAGCCACCGAAGCUUAAGAUGGCCGUUGAUUGCGAUAACAAAGUGAUAAGAGAAGGAGCUCGGUGGCUAGAGAAAACCUAUGGGAACAAUUCUCCUCCAAGUCAUGAGGUUCGUGUAGAGAAUGCCAGACUAGGCCACCAACAAUAUUACAUUGACUCGUUCUUCCUAAACUUGAAGAGACUUCCUCUGGUGGGUGUAAUAAUCAUACCAAGAAAGCAUAUCAUGGGUCAGGCUGAUCAAAGAGCCUUCAAAACAUUGGUUAUUCUGAUAUCUGCUUCAUUGUGUAUUAUUGCCAUUGGAUGUGUUUGCAUUUUGAUAUUGACAAAUGGAGUAUCAAAGGAAAUGAAGCUAAGAGCAGAACUAAUCAGUCACCUCGAAGCAAGAAGGAAGGCAGAGGCAUCAAGCAACUAUAAAAGCCAAUUUCUUGCAAAUAUGAGCCAUGAACUGAGGACACCGAUGGCAGCAGUAAUCGGGUUACUUGACAUUCUUAUGUCUGACGAUCACCUCACAAACGAACAAUGUGCAACCAUUACUCAAAUAAGAAAAUGCUCAACUGCAUUGCUCCGUUUACUCAACAACAUAUUGGAUCUAAGCAAGGUGGAAUCUGGAAAACUUGUCCUAGAAGAUGCAGAAUUUGACUUGGGAAGGGAACUUGAAGGGCUUGUAGAUAUGUUUUCUGUACAAUGCAUUAACCACAGUGUAGAAACUAUUUUAGACCUUUCUGACGAUAUGCCAAAGCUAGUUCGCGGAGAUUCUGCUAGAGUAGUUCAAAUUUUUGCGAAUUUGAUCAACAACUCAAUCAAGUUUACUCUAUCUGGUCACAUUAUUCUGAGAGGAUGGUGUGAAAACUCAAAUUCUUAUGAUGAUAUUGAAAGUUUUACUCGGGAGCAGAAGAAAUUGGGAUGUUCGCAGAAGAUCAGAACGAAACAACAUGAAAACCAUGCAAAGAAGAGUUCUAAUAGUGAUAACAAAAUGAUCCUUUGGUUUGAAGUUGAUGACACAGGCUGUGGUAUUGAUCCAAGUAAAUGGGAUUCUGUGUUUGAAAGCUUUGAGCAAGCUGAUCCGUCAACUACUAGACUGCAUGGAGGCACUGGUCUUGGUCUUUGCAUUGUCAGAUCCCUGGUUAAUAAGAUGGGUGGAGAAAUCAAGAUUGUCAAAAAGGACGGUCCAGGAACACUAAUGCGAUUAUACCUGUGUCUCAAUGCACCCGUGGAUGCCACAGAACAACAUUGUCAAGUAGAUUUUGCUAACAAUGGCUUAGUGGUACUUCUUGCACUACAUGGCAACAUGAGUCGCAUAAUUACAUCUAAGUGGUUACAGAAAAACGCAGUGGUCACUAUCGAGGCAUCUGAAUGGAAUGGAUUAACACAAAUUCUUAGAGAACUAUUUAAUGCAAGAACUUCAACUCAUAACAAUGACUUUGAUUCACAUUAUGCAUCUCAUGAGGUCAUGAAGUCUAAAUUUCUGAGCAUACAAGAGUUGACAAAUCCAACAUUUCUCAUUGCUGUUGAUAUUGAUCUACUUGACUUGAGCACUGAUAUAUGGAAGGAACAACUUAACUUCCUUCACAAGUACUCCGCGAGAGCGAGAUUCGUAUGGUUACAAAAUUACGACUCCGGUAAUACCAUAAAGACGGAGCUUCGCAAGAAAGGAUAUAUACUAACAGUCAAUAAACCUCUUUACAAAACAAAGAUGAUUCAUAUUUUGGAAGAUGUCAUAAAGGAAAGAAAUUUUGGGCUACAAAAGAAAAAUAUGAUUAUUCCGAGAACUACAACGAAAGAGGGUGAUUUGCAUGAGAGUUUUGAGAUUGAUUAUUCUCAUUGUGAUGCUGCAAGCUCAGAUGGUUCUGACAUAUAUGAAGAUAAACAAAAAGAAGAAGUAGUUAGAUUCCAUCCAUCAUCACAAUACCAGAUAAAUAACUGCUUCUUAGGAUUAACUCAUGAAAAUAAGGAACAUAAUGAUCCUAGGAAAGAAGUAACAUUUUCGAUAGGAGAAAAAGGCGAGGAUUCUGGAUGUGGUGAAACAUCAUGUAGGGUCAGUGGCUCAAGUAAAGCUGUGAAUGGAAAGAAAUCUCUUGAAGGUCUAAGGAUAUUGCUUGCAGAAGAUACACCAGUAAUUCAAAGGGUUGCUACCAUAAUGCUUGAAAAAAUGGGAGCCAUUGUCGUUGCUGUAGGUGAUGGACAACAAGCAGUGGAUGCUCUGAAUAGUAUGUUUGGUGUUGAAGAUUGUAGAAAAGAGUCUCUCCUUAAAGAAAGAAACACAAGAACAUCUCAAACUGAGAUUCUAUGUUUGCCUUCAUAUGAUUUGAUCCUAAUGGAUUGUCAGAUGCCAAAGAUGGAUGGGUAUGAGGCAACAAAAGAAAUAAGAAAAUCAGAAGAGGGAACUGGUUUCCACAUUCCAAUUGUUGCACUUACAGCUCAUGCAAUGUCAUGUGAUGAAGCUAAAUGUUUGGAAGUGGGUAUGGAUGCUUAUUUAACUAAGCCAAUUGACUUUAAACUUAUGGAGUCUACCAUUCUUUCACUCACAAAGAAGGAAACAUUGACAUCUGAAAAGUGAGGACAUGAUCAUGCUAACAAAGAAUUGGACCUAGAUAGAGCCUAGAAAAUAUAAACAUAAGAAAACAUGUCUUAACGGAUGAACAUUGACACAAACAUCGAUACUGGACACAAUACUAAUAUAUAGAUGCGGAUAAUAAUUUGAAAAGAUAGAAGUGAUUGAAUGUACUGCACAUGUGUUGGUGUCAGACACAGACGUAUGUUUGAACUGAACAUGACUUCAAUUUGAAGUUGCCGUACUUACUACAUACAUAAGUCUUAACACAUGAA